AUGCUGUGUCAGAUAUUAUUCGUAAAGUUCGAAGUUGUAACGAGACACACAAGCAGAGUAGACGUGAGGAUGCCCAGGCAAUUGGAACGUUGAUGCGCAGGAACAUCAGGCUACUAGAUUGAUUGUGCCAGCCCUGAUCGACGUGGAUCAAUGGUGAGUAUCAUACCCAUAAGCUUGCUGGAGAAAGCGCAAGAAAAAGGGUACGACGUCGACACGCUGCCUAUUCUCACGGAAAGCGAAGUGGGACCCGUGUAUGACGCCUCAGGCAAUGAGAUGGAGAUAGUUGAAGCAGUGACUGUGGAAGCUGAGCUAGAGGGUGGAAGACGAAGCAAACUCGUCCUCCACAUAACCCCACUUCCUCAAGACGAAGUUUUGUUGGGAAUGAACGCCUUAAAGAAGCUAGGGAAUCGCGCAUCCUACCAAUAUGAAACAGGCCGUACGGAAUCUCUUGAAAGCGAAGGAGAAGCUUGUGACACGAAGAGAUUCAGUUGUUGA